UAUUACAAGUAUUUCCUGUUUUCACCAUAGCUGCAUUUGGAUCUCCCACUUCUAUACCCAAAAACAAAAACAAAAACAAAAACAAUGAAAGAUCCUUUACCGUUCUGCUUCUUGGUUCUCCUCCUCCUCAUUAGCCCUUGCUUGGCUACUUAUGAUGGACCUCUAUAUGAUUACUCUGCCUACACUGAGUGUAAAACAGUGGCAGAGAGUCCACUUUACAAAGGUGGAAUAAUCAAGGGUCAAGCCCCGAGCAUUGCGCAUGGACUCAAUGUUUCUGGUAGUGUUGUUCAUUUCCCUGCUUUUGUUUUGCACAAUCUCACAGCAAACUCCAAAUACUGUUUCUCCAGUUGGGUAAAGAUAAGUGGUGCAAAUUCAACUCUGAUAAAGGCAAGCCUAACAACAGACAAUACUACAUACCAGUGUGUGGGAACUGUCGUUGCAAAGCACGGGUGCUGGUCAUUUCUCAAAGGUGGAUUUGUACUCGAUUCUCCCUCAAAUCUCGCUCUCCUAUUCUUUCAGAAUCCAGACAGGAGGGAUAUCAAUAUAACAAUUGCGAGUGCCUCUUUGCAGCCAUUUACUGAUGAGCAAUGGAGAGCAAACCAACAAUACAAAAUCAACACUGAAAGAAAGCGUGCUGUCAUGCUCCAUGUAUCGGAUGUGAAUGGGAAUGGACUGCCAGGAGCAGAGAUUGAGGUAAUGCAGGUGUCUAAAGAUUUCCCGUUUGGAUCUGCCAUAGCAAAGACCAUUCUUGGAAAUUUGCCCUACCAGAAUUGGUUUGUUGAGCGAUUCAAUGCAGCAGUAAUCGAAGACGAGCUCAAGUGGUACUCGACAGAGCCGCAGCAGGGACAUGUUAACUACACAAUACCAGACGAAAUGCUUGAAUUCGUCCGAGCCAACCAAAUCACAGCCAGAGGCCACAACAUAUUCUGGGAAAAUCCCAAUUUCAUCCCUGCCUGGGUUCGGAACCUCACAGAUCCCGAGCUAAACUCAGCUGUCAAGUCUCGGAUUCAGAGCCUAAUGAGUAAAUACAAAAAUGAAUUCAUACAUUGGGAUGUCAGUAAUGAAAUGCUCCAUUUCGACUUCUAUGAGCAACGGCUAGGUCCUAAUGCUACUCUACGAUUUUUUGAGACCGCGCAUCAAUCUGACCCAUUAGCGACGCUGUUUAUGAAUGAAUAUAAUGUGGUGGAGACUUGUGAAGAUGUUAAUUCAACUGUUGAUGUGUAUAUUUCGAGGCUGAGAGAACUAAAAAGAGGGGGUGUGAAAAUGGAUGGAAUUGGGCUGGAAAGUCAUUUUUCGAAGCCGAAUCCUCCUCUGAUUAGAGCUGUGCUAGACAAGUUGGGAACUCUAGAGCUUCCUAUUUGGCUUACUGAGGUUGAUAUCAGCAACACUUUUGAUUUUGAAACACAGGCCACAUAUCUAGAAGUAGUGCUGAGCGAAGGGUUCUCACACCCAUCUGUAAAUGGGAUAAUGCUAUGGACAGCACUGCAUCCAUAUGGGUGCUACCAAAUGUGCCUCACAGACAUCAAUCUCCAUAACCUCCCAUCUGGUGAUGUGGUUGACAAGCUCCUUAAAGAGUGGCAAACAGGGGUGAUAGAGGGUGAAACAGAUGACCAUGGUUCCUUUAGCUUUUUUGGGUUUUUAGGUGAAUACAAUGUCACAGUUAAGUAUGGCAGCAAAACUACAAAUUCAAUGUUGUCACUAUGUGGUGGUGAUGAAACCAAACACUUUAGCCUUCAAUUGUAACUGUCACAUGUAUAAUAUCAUGGUAUAGGGAGGGUAUAGCUACAGCCAGAGUAAUUAUCUUGCCUCUCAAAAAUUAGUGUGUCCAUCUAACAUUAUGGAGCUGUGCUUAUAUGGCCCAAAAAAAUAGAAAGACUAUGACAAAAUGACAAAAUAUGAUUGGUUGGACACA